ACAAAGGCAGAAGAAGAGCUCACCAAGCAGCGGCUGUCUUAGCGGCGCUCUUUCGCAGUCUGUCCGAAUGAGACGGCGCUGAUUUCGGUUCUACAAUAAUGACAUUUAUCGCUAAACUCCUCCUGCUGGUGUUACUGGCCUUCCCGGCGCACAUUGCCACCAGGGGGCAGUUGGUCAGUGCUCAAGACUUGACUGAGGAUGAGGAGGUGGAGGCGGUGGAGGACGACGUCGUGGAUGACGUGACUGCGGAGGAUGAGGACGACGAAGCUGAAGUAGAAGACGACGAGAACACCGAACUUACAGAAGAAAAGGAGGAUGAAGAGGAGGAGCCAUCGGUCGGCGAGGUGACGGCGUCUCCGAACGGCGACACCACCAUCCUCUUCGUCAAAGGAGAAGACUUCCCCGCCAACAACAUAGUCAAGUUCCUGCUGGGUUUCACCAACAAAGGAUCCGAGAACUUUGUGGUGGACUCUCUGGAUGCUUCUUUCCGCUACCCUCAGGACUACCAGUUCUAUAUCCAGAACUUCACAGCGCUCCAGCUGGACACCGUGGUGCCUCCCAGCAGACAGGCCACCUUUGAGUACUCCUUCAUCCCUGCAGAGCCCAUGGGGGGGCGUCCCUUUGGACUGGUCAUCAACCUCAACUACAAGGACAGCAACGGGAACGUCUUCCAGGACGCUGUGUUCAACCAGACAGUCACCAUCACUGAGAAGGAGGAUGGAUUGGAUGGAGAAACCAUCUUCAUGUACAUCUUCCUGUCUGGCCUCGGCCUGCUCGUCAUUGUUGGCCUUCAUCAGCUGCUUGAGUCCAGAAAGAGGAGGCGUCCUGCUGCAAAAGUAGAAAUGGGAACGUCAAGUCACAACGACGUGGAUCUCAGCUGGAUCCCUCAAGAAACUCUUAACCAGAUCAUGCAGAGCCGCAGAGACAAAGCGUCGCCCAGAAGGUCUCCACGCAAACGCAACCAGAAACGCUCAGCCGGCUCGGACGAGUGACGCAAAAGACGACGACUGCCAGCACCUCCCUGACAUCAUGGAGGCCUUUUGUUUGGGUUUUUUUUCUGUAGAAGAACUUGAAACAUGCUGAACUGUUCAAAACACACACACAAGAUUGAGCGAGGACAGUUGUGUUGUCACUGAUGUUUAUCUGCUGAUGCCGCUGUAAUGUGGAGCUGCAAGACAACUUUUGCCACAACUAUUUCUUUUUUUGUUGUUUGCAGCUCCCCCACUACAACGGUAAAUAAAUGCACUCUUUUGUCUUUUUUUUUUUCCUCUUGUGCGUUUUGUGUCAACGCCAGCGUGUGACGCACUGAUGGCUUGAAAACAAGUUGAAAGUGACGUCAUGUUCACUAUUCCGCUCGUUUACUGCAUAACUUCGCAUCUGGCAACCUCAUGGAUGGAGCAAAACGUCGCCUAAUUUAUUUUGUAGGGAUUUUUUUAGGUGGGAGGAGGUGGAAUGUUUUUAUUUUACCACUAGGGGGCGACGCUGCAGGCUUCCACAAAUUCAUUUGUGAGCGAAACAAAGCAGAGUUGAAUGUCUGUCAAGGGCUGCCAUUCAUGAAUUUUAAUUUGCUUUUUAAAGUCCAGGAAAUAAAAUAUUGUUUGCUCUCGA